AUGCCGUUUGCGCAGCUGGUCAUAGGCCCGCCAGGCUCAGGCAAAUCUACCUAUUGUGAUGGCAUGCAGCAGUUCAUGAGCGCCAUUGAGCGCAAAUGCUCGGUCGUCAACCUCGACCCCGCGAACGAUCACACGUCGUACCAGCCUGCUCUAGACGUCCGAGACCUGGUUACCAUUGACGAGAUCAUGGAGCAAGAGUCGCUCGGUCCCAACGGCGGGGUUUUGUUCGCGCUGGAGGAGCUGGAGCACAACUUUGAGUGGCUAGAGGAGGGCUUGAAGGAGCUUGGAGAUGACUACAUACUAUUCGACUGCCCCGGACAGGUCGAGCUCUUCACACACCACGGAUCGCUGCGGAACAUCUUCUUCCGCCUACAAAAACUGGGGUAUCGACUUGUCGUCGUACACCUGACUGAUUCCAUCAUCCUUUCGCGACCAUCGCUAUAUGUUUCGUCUCUGCUCCUUGCCCUGCGCAGCAUGCUGCAGAUGGAUCUUCCCCAUCUGAACGUCCUUACCAAGAUCGACAACCUGCGCAACUAUCCGAACCUGCCCUUCAACCUAGACUUCUAUACCGAAGUCCAGGAUCUACACUACCUGCUACCGCACCUCAACCGCGAACAGACGUCCGGCAUACCAGGCCCUACAACAGCUGGCGCAAAUGAAGAGAUGGACUUGGACGACGACGAGCCAACGUCAAAAUUUGCUGCGCUCAACAAGGCAAUCGUAGAGCUUGUCGAGGAAUUUGCGCUAGUCGGCUUCGAGACGCUGGCGGUCGAGGACAAGAAGAGCAUGAUGACACUAUUGCGAGCCAUUGACCGAGCAGGGGGCUUUGCAAUGGGUGGAAUAGAAGGCGCAAACGACACCGUCUGGCAGAUGGCUAUGCGCGAGAACGGGGCAACCAUAGACGCACGCGAUGUGCAAGAGAGGUGGCUCAAUAGGCGAGACGAGCUGGACGAGGAAGAGAGAAAGGCGUGGGAAGACGAGACAAAAGAAAUGCGAGACCCUUCACCUCAGCGCGCUCGACAGGCGCCGCCUACGUCAAAACCAGCGACUAAAGCAACGAGUGGGGAUAGCGACGACGACAUGGACGAUCUGGAGGAGAUGCGGCAGUUUAUGGAGAAGAACAAGAGCAGUGGCAUCAACAUAGUCCGAAAGUGAUGGAGGCGGCCAGGUUGCGCAGACCCACGGCGCACGACAAGUGCCUGUGCGGCUUGCGAGACUGCAGCAUGUGAGAAUAGAUGUGUUGAGCAUAGAUGUGUCGAGGCGCAUCCCCUCGAUCGGUCGGAGGAUAAGAUGGACGUCGAGGGCUUGAUGGAGAUUCAGCGGGGUAUAUUGCCUUUUGAAACAUCGCGUCGCGUCAGUGAAUAUGUAGAUGGCUGCACGCGCCCCGCACUCAUCACAAUGCAUACCGGCCGAGUAUGCGGUAAC